AGUUUUAUGUAAUGAUAAAAGCUUGAAAAGUUGCCAAAGUUGGAAAUUUUGGAGCAGUCCGUACUUAGAAUUCAGAUGGUAAAAUCUGGACCACUGGAAUGCACAGGAUUAGCUAAUCAGCCUCUGCUAAGAAGCUGAAGAAAAAAUAAGUAGUGUUAUUCAGGUUCAGCACUCAUGCCCCCUUUAGACUUGCCCACCUGUUACUGUUGCAUUUUUGUUGAAUUUAGUUAUAAAUAAUUGCAGCUCUGAAAGGUAUCUGCUAGUUGUUUUAUUUCUCUGAAGAAAGAUACAGGUCAAAUAUACCAAAAAUAAUGUUGUCAGGAGUAGCUAUAGGGUGGCACGUGAAAUUAAACAACACAAGAAUGCAAGCACAUGUACCCAUAGCAAGAAUGUUCAAAAUGGCUGGCUAAAAUUAAAAUUUAAGACAUUGUUUUGGAACUUGGUAAAGAUUGUUAAUGAUACUAUACUGUACAGUAUGUGUUUAGAGUCAAGAACAUGUUAUGUUAUUGUGUUUCAGGUGACGAAUUAUGCAACAAGAAGAGAUGCACCAUCCAGGGGCAAGUAUGUGUUGUGAAUAAAAACAAUCAUGCUGAAUGCAGAUGUCGCGACUCAUGCCCAGACUCCAUUGGAGAAGAAGUUUGUGGUUCAGAUGGUAUCACUUAUGAAAGUAGUUGUCACUUAGACAUGACGUCAUGUAAGCUUGGUGGCAUCACCAUGGUUUCUAAAGGGAAGUGCCAAGUGAUUUCCUUAAAGGUCAGCCCAACACAUCAGUCUUCACAAACCCUGAUAAUUGGCAAACCAGGUGAAAUUCAGUGUGGGAUUGAAGGAAAGGCGGCUCAAGUCUUAUGGCGCAAAGUUGGCAUGAAGCAUCGUCUUCUUUAUUCAAGAUUGAGAUCUUUCAAUUCUAAAACGCUUCGUUUCCGUCGCGUACAAGAGCAAGAUGCAGGGCAAUAUGUGUGUCGUGCUAUUUCCAUGUCUGCAACUGUGACGGCUACCGUAAAUGUUUCUGUUGAGGCUGCUAAGGUUCCAAAGCCUGGGGACACCAGUGUGGCGUCAAACCGUGUGUGCAAUUUGGAAAAGCUUGUUGGUACUGGAACCGAUCCAGCUAAAUUCUCACCUCGUUGGUAUUUUGACAGCAAAGGGUCAUAUAUGUGCGAAUCAUUUCUCUACAGUGGCAGUGGGGGCAAUGAAAACAAUUUUGAAACCAAAGCUGCUUGCAUCCAAAAGUGCUCCCAUGCAGCUGGCGAUGUCUGUGGUCUCCCCAAACAGCCUGGGAUGUGUAUGGGGUAUUUUCAAAAAUGGUUCUAUAGCACCCAGACUGGAGAAUGUGAGUUUUUUAUUUAUGGUGGUUGCCAAGGAAAUGCCAACAACUUUAAUUCCAAGGAGGAGUGUAAAGAGGCUUGUUCAGUAUGUGCAGGAGGUGAGCUAAGUGAAAAAGUCGAUUUUCGAGUAAUUAGUUUAUUCUGUCUCUUCUCAGCUUCAGAGGAACCCGUCAAAGAAAAACCUGGCCACUGUCCAUGGCGAAGGGGUGUUGUUAGACUUUGUCCUCUAAGAGGAGACACAUGUACAUCAGAUCAAGAGUGCCCGGGUGUCAAUAAGUGUUGUCAUGACGGCUGCAGCCGGUCCUGUUCCAGACCAAUCAGUGAGGACAAACCAGGCACUUGCCCUAACGUGUCCCAAAAUAGACCUUUCUGUGACAAGAAAGGAGAUAUGUGUGAAAAGGACACUGACUGUCCUGGAAGUCGAAAGUGUUGCCACAAUGGCUGCCAGAGGGAUUGUGCUGUUCCCGACACCAUGCGAAAGCUGAAACCUGGGGUUUGCCCUGAGUUGGAUGCUAUAAAUCCAAAGCUAUGUAAAAGCACAAAAAAUGAAUGUAAACUUGAUGGUGAUUGCUAUGGUCAUCUGAAAUGCUGCUUUAAUGGGUGUUUUAAUGAGUGUUCCCGCACACCAACUCUCCAUCCAAAACGAGGAGAGUGUCCAGUUGCCGACUAUAUCCCACCAGAGAAUUGUUCAGAUACCACUGAUAAGUGCAAUGAUGAUUCACAAUGCCCGGGGAGAGACAAGUGUUGUGCAACAGGGUGUCUUCAAGAGUGUAUCACUCCUCCAGCUAAAAAGAAGCCCGGCAAAUGUCCUUUGAAUGAUUAUAUUCUACCUGAGCUGUGUGAGGUAACAGAAGACAAGUGCCAGGAAGAUGAGGAUUGCAAAGGAAGAGACAAGUGCUGUGGAACAGGCUGCAAUCUGGAAUGUAUCACUCCUCCCAUUAUAGAAAAACUCGGAGUGUGUCCUAUUGUAGAUUAUAUUGACCCUGAAUCAUGUGAAGUGACAACUGAUGAGUGCAGUGAAGAUGAGGAUUGUAAAGGAAAAGAUAAAUGUUGUGCUACAGGCUGCAUAAAGGAGUGUGUAACACCCCCACUCCCUACUUCUACUACGCCUGAGUCUAAAAUGGAAUGUCCAGAACCAUGGAAGGGGCUUAAUGGAAUCUGUGACCGCCGUGGUGACAUGUGUGCUGAUGACAAAGAUUGUAAUGGGUCCUCUUUGUGCUGUUUUAAUGGAUGCCAGAAAGACUGCAUUGAUCCUGUACCAACGGAUAAACCAGGUGAAUGUCCAAACCCAUGGAAAGGACAAGAUGGUAUUUGUGACCGUCGAGGGGACAUGUGCACAGUAGAUAUUGACUGCGAUGCAUCUGCAAAGUGCUGCUUUAAUGGGUGUCAGCGUGAUUGCGUAAAGCCUGGCAAGAAGUCUGAAGAAAAGCCAGGACAUUGCCCCAAUCCAUGGAAAGAACAGCCAUGUGACAGAAGAGGAAAUAUGUGUGAGGAAGAUAGUGAUUGUGAUUCUGGAAGCAAGUGCUGCCACAAUGGCUGUCAAAAGGAUUGUGUUAAACCAGUGAAUCUGACAAAAUGCCAAGAGGAAACACAAUCUGCUCUUGACAAGUUGGCUUUAGACCCACCUCUGCUUGGUGUGUUUGUUCCAAAGUGUAAACCAGAUGGACAAUAUGAGGAUCAACAGUGUCAGGAGUUGCAUUGCUGGUGUGUGGACAAAAAGGGCCUGAAAAUACCUGGUACAACUGUGCAAGGACCUGCAGUCUGUUUACCACGAGCAAAACCAGGCACAUGUCCCAGACCCUGGAAAGGCUAUGGAGGGAUCUGUGAUUUCCGUGGCGACAUGUGUCUUCAUGAUUCAGAUUGUGGUGGAGAUAACCGGUGUUGCUUCAACGGAUGUCAAAAUGACUGUGUGCCUGCAGUUGGUAUCAAGCUUUGUGCAAAACACAAGAAGGCCGAGAUUGCCAGAAACCAAGGGGGUCCACCUAUAGUGGGUGCAUUUUUGCCCUCUUGUAAAUUGAACGGCGACUAUGAAGAGGUCCAGUGUCAUGGUUCAACUGGCUAUUGUUGGUGUGUUGAUAAACUUGGCAAUGAAUUGCAGGGGACACGUACCAGAGGGGAACCAAACUGUACUCUGUCAGGGAAUGGAGCAGGGGCUGGGAAGGAGGGUAUCUGCCCCAAACCCUGGAAGGGACUUACUGGUUUCUGUGACAAAAUGGGUGAUCAAUGUGGAAUGGACUUUCACUGUUCAAAUGAAAAUGAGAAAUGCUGCUUCAGCGGCUGCCAACGAAUGUGUGUGAAUACCACAGAGGCUCACCAGAAAGCUGAAACAAAGCCCGGACAGUGCCCAAAACCAUGGCUGGGUGAAGAAGGUCUGUGCAAUCGCCGUGGGGAUAUGUGCCAGAGAGAUGUUGAUUGCAAGGGAAGUCAAAUUUGUUGUUUCAAUGGCUGCCAAAAGGACUGUGUCAACCCUGGGUUGUCUACUUGCCAGCAAAGAUAUGAGGAGUCAUUUCUUUUCCCUGCCUUGGGUCGGUUUGUUCCAGCAUGCAAGAAAGAUGGUCAGUUCAAAGAGACUCAGUGUCAUCCAUCGACAGGUCACUGUUGGUGUGUUGACAGUUACGGUGUAGAGCAGCUUGGAACACGCACAAGAGGAAGACCUAACUGUACUGCCCCAGAUCCAUGUCUUUCCACCGAGUGCCCGCACUAUGGACAGUGUGUUCCCAGCCAGGACCGCAAGUCAGUGGAAUGCAAAUGUAACAUAGCAUGCUUCAAGAUUUAUGAUCCAGUUUGUGGAACUGAUGGGAAAACGUACGCAAAUAAGUGCGUAAUGAAAUCAGAAGCUUGUGUGCAAAAGAAGGAUGUUAAAGUGGAUUAUAAGGGUGAAUGUGAAGAAGUUGAUCCUUGUGCAACAGUGAACUGUGGUUUCUAUGGUAAAUGUGAUGUUAUCAAUGGCAGCGUCACAUGUGUUUGUCCAGGAUCAGGUAGCCGGCCAAGUUGUGGCAAUGAAAAGGAACCCGUGUGUGGUUCUGAUGGAGAGAUUUAUGACAGCAUCUGCCUCUUAAUGAAUGCAUCCUGCCAACAAGAGACGAUGAUCCUCCCAGCCUUGCCUGAGAUGUGUGAUGUGGAAGAAAACAUCAACCCUUGCGCCAACAUCACCUGUAGUCACCCAUUACAGAUCUGCACCACGCUAAGUAAUGGCAAACCCGAAUGCAGUUGUAUUAAUAAGAAAUGCACCACAAUCUAUAAACCUGUGUGUGGAACAGAUGGAGAGACUUACCAUAAUGAUUGUAUGAUGGAUGUACUAUCAUGCAAGGCAAACAAGAUUGUCUCUGUGGACCAUUAUGGAAAGUGUGAAAAGGACCUUGCAAGCAGAGCCCCGUGUGCCAAGGUCAACUGCAGUCACCCAUUGGCCAGUUGUCAAGUCGUGAAUGAGACUGCGACCUGUGUCUGUCCUGAGAUUGUGACAUUGGAGUACUUCCCUGUUUGUGGUUCUGAUGGAGUGACAUACCCUAAUCCAGGUUCACUGGGUAUUGCUAGUUGUAACAGUGGAGGAGCUAUUGACAAAGUCAAGGAUGGAAAGUGUUCUGAGUUGAAACAUCCUUGUGAAAUCAACCUUUGUAGCCACAAGCUUCACAGCUGUGAGGUUCAGAAUGGCACAGCUGUUUGUGUCUGUAAGACAGGGUGCACACUGGAGUAUGCACCUGUUUGUGCCUCUGACAACAAGACAUACCCCAACAAGUGUGCUAUGGAGGUGGCAGCAUGCGAGAGCGAUCAACAUCUUAGAGUUGUGAGGCUUGGAAAGUGUGAUGGUCUUGUUCCCAGUAAACCCCAUAUCUGCCCUCGACCCUGGAAAGGACUGGAUGGAAUUUGUGAUCGAAGGGGAGACAUGUGCCAGAAUAAUGCUGACUGUGGAGAGGAUGGAGAAAAGUGCUGCUUUAAUGGCUGUCAGAAAGAUUGUGUGAAAUUUGGUGACUUACAGUGCCCAGAAAAGUGUCAUCUUAAUGCUCAGUGCAUAGAACUUGUGGUAGGAGGCCGAAAAUGUGUUUGCAAUCCAGGAUUUGAGGGGGAUGGAAUAGAAUGUGCAGCUGAUCCGUGUAGUGUGAAAAAGUGCGAGCAUUACGCUACCUGUCAGGAGGAGAAUGGCAUGGGCAAGUGUGUCUGUCCACAAGUUUGUCCCCGUAUUCUUGCUCCUGUUUGUGGAUCUGAUGGAAAAGUUUAUGACAACGCGUGCCUUAUGAGAGUUGCAUCAUGUUCUCAACAGAAAAAGAUCACACUGGCCAGUAAAGACACAUGCAAACCAGACCCUUGUGCAAAAUCCAAGUGCAGUCACCCACAACACCGCUGCAUCAAAGUAUUGCAUGGUGCUACAUGCAUGUGUCUGCCGUCUGUAUGCACACGCGAGUACCGUCCUGUCUGUGGCUCGGAUGGAAACACUUAUCCCAAUGAGUGUGCCUUAAACGCGACCGCAUGUGAAAGAAGUCAGAUUAUAACUGUGUCUAGUCAAGGAGAGUGCAAGCAGAACAACGAAAAUCCUUGUGCUGAACCUGGGCUGUGUACACAUCCAUACCAUCAGUGUAAAGUGGUUGGUGGCAAGGCACUGUGUGUGUGCCCCAUGGUGAUACCAGCAAACUUGGAUCCAGUGUGUGGCUCUGAUGGUCAAACAUACCCCAACCCAAGUGCGCUUGAAAGCAUGAGCUGUUUGGCAAAUAGAAUUGUCGAGGAAGAAUACCGUGGCGAAUGCGUAGUUCCCACAGAUCCUUGUGACAUUUCACUGUGCAGCCAUCCUAAGCACUUGUGUAGGGUAGUAGACGGUAUGGCAACCUGUGUUUGCCAACAGGUCUGCCCACUAAUCCUGCUACCAGUCUGUGGAUCUGACGGCCAGAGCUACCCAAAUAGCUGCAGCUUGGAAGUUGAAGCUUGUAUGACUGGAAAAGAUUUGACAGUUGUAUCCAUGGGAGAGUGUGACCAAUGUGCAAAAGUAGUGUGCCCUGAUCCCAGGCAGCACUGUAGAGUUGUUGAAGGUGCACCAACCUGCGAGUGCAGUGAAAUCUGUACUGCCGACUGGAAUCCAGUGUGUGGGUCAGAUGGUACGACGUACCCCAAUGAAUGCAGCUUAGAAGUGGAAGCAUGCAAAACAGGAAAGAAACUGUCAGUCGUUAAACAAGGACAAUGUGUUAAAAAGAAGGAAUGCCCAUUUUUAAACCCAACUCCAUCCUGUAAUGUAACAUUGAAUGGAACUUGCUUCACUGGAGAUGUAACAUGUCCGCCAGGCUUGAUGUGCUGCCUUGACAAUACCUGCGAAGCCAAGUGUACACUGCCAGCACUUGACGAUGGAACAAGACAAGGUCAAUGCCCUCGACUGAACCCUACUCCAGGCUGUGGUGGUAAUAUAACUGGCUGUGGUGCUGAUGAAAGAUGCUCUCUUGGCAGCAGAUGUUGUCUACAGAGUGAUUGUACUCGAAAAUGUGUUGAAGUUGGGAUUGGUCCUGCUGCAAUUACGACAGGUAAAGAAGAGAAGCAAUGUCCAUUUUUAAACCCAACUCCAUCCUGUGCUACGAGGAAUGGAACUUGCUUCACUGGGGAUGUAACAUGUCCGCCAGGCUCAAUGUGCUGCCUUGACAACACCUGUGAACACAAAUGUACACUGCCAGCUCUUCCCGAUGGUAAGAAUGUGUUGAUAAAGCAGCAUUGUUAUUUUAACGAGUUGGAAGAAAUAAUGGAUCUUUUCGGCGAUNGUUUAACAUGUGAUCCACCGUGCCAUCGUUAUGGAAAGUGUGUGAAGAAUCAGAAGACUGGUGUAAAUGAAUGUUCAUGCAACAGGAUAUGUACAAGAGAAUAUGCUCCUGUGUGCGGCACCGAUGGCAAAACAUACAGCAACGAGUGCAUGAGGAUGUUGUUGGUGUGCAAAAAGGGAACUAAUGUAGGGUUGAAGCAUCCUGGCAAAUGCAAAGAAGACCCACCUGAAGAUAGUUGCCCAAGGUUGGACCCCAUGCCGAUGUGCUUUCCUACCAUUAAAAAUUAUUGCACUGACGACUCGCAGUGUGCCGAUGGAGAGAAAUGCUGCUUACGUAGAGACUGUAGCAAGAGAUGCUAUACACUGGCCAAGGCAGGAAAAUGCCCUAAAACUGACCCUAAACCCUGCCCUGCAAUUGUACGACCUUCCGAAUGUACUACAGACUGGGACUGUACUGGAGAACAGAAGUGCUGUUCUGAUGGUUGCAUCAAAAAAUGCACAUCCUCUUUUCUAGCACCAUUGGAAGACAACCCGUGUGUAAAUACCUUGUGCAGCUACCCCCACCCCGUGUGUAAGGUCGUGAAUGGAAAUGCUACAUGCCAGUGUCGACAGAACUGUGUUGCUCUGUACGAUCCGGUGUGUGCGUCAGACGGACACACGUAUGACAACAUGUGUGCGUUGGAGACGACCGCGUGCAUGUUGGAAGCUGAUGGUAUGCCUGCAGGAAAACUAACCUACCUUGGAAAUGGAAAAUGUACAGUUGCACAGAUCUGCAGUCUACCAGUGGAAAAAGGCCGCUGUCGCGCUUCCAUGAGGCGAUUCUUUUUCAACUCCACCUCUCGGCAGUGUGAGGAGUUCCGAUUUGGUGGAUGCGAAGGAAAUGCCAACAGAUUUGACACGGAGAAGGAAUGUAACGACUUCUGUGGAUCCCUGGAUACUUGUCAGCUAAAUCCUUGCCCAGAUCCUUAUGCCAUCUGUAGCAUCUCUGAUGAUGGAGAGCGAGAGUGUACCUGUCCGGAGAUUUGUACUGCUGACUAUAGCCCUGUGUGUGGAACGGACGGACAGACAUACAGCAAUUUGUGUAUGAUGAAGGUUUCAGCUUGCAAGCAAGGCAUGAUGAUCAAGGUUAAGUCGCCUGGAAAGUGUAAGAACAAUCCAGGUUUCUGUCCUAUUGUGGACCCUCAGGUAUGCUCCAGUGGUUUGGACGACAGCUGCUUUGAUGAUGCCAGCUGUGAUGUCAGUGAGAAAUGUUGCCAUGAUGGCUGUAGAAAACUCUGUGUGAAGUCCCUGCCAAAACCCAAUGCUGGUGGACCGCCCAAGGCCAUGUCACGAAUGAAGCUGCUUCCGCCUCCUCCCAAAGACUCUUGUGAAAAAUGCAAGUUUCCCAUGAGCGCCUGCGCGGUAAAUGAGAACGGCGAAACUGAAUGUCACUGUCCAGAGGGAUGCACGGCUGAUUUUGAUCCAGUCUGUGGCUCUGAUAGCCGUAACUACAGCAACAAAUGCCAGUUAGAGAUAGAAGCCUGUAAACCAGAGAACCUGAAUACUUUGAGGCUUCAGCAUGUUGGGCCAUGUGUUUGUAACCUUCCAUCCGAAGGAGGACCUUGCUUCGGUUAUUUUUCACAUUACUUCUUCAAUGCCACAUCGAAGAAGUGUGAAGAGUUUAUUUAUGGAGGCUGCCAGGGAAAUGGAAAUAAUUUCAAAACCAUCGAGAGCUGCGAGAAUAAGUGUAUCAGCCCAUGCAAGAACUACAAAUGUCCGUUUCCUCACACAAGGUGUGAAGUAGAAGAUGGUUUACCUGUCUGCAAGUGCCCCACCACCUGCACUGCAGAUUACCGCCCAGUGUGCGGAACAGAUGGCAAAACAUACGGUAACAUGUGCGGUCUGGAGGCAGCCGCUUGCCUAACGAAGCAUUUUGAACUGAAGGUGAAUCACCUUGGAGAAUGUUUAACUCCAAACCCAUGUAAUGAGGUUACCUGCAGCCACAAGCGUCAAACAUGUGUGGUAAAGGACAACAAGGCUGUUUGCAAGUGCGAUAAAAUAUGCACGAGAGAGUAUGACCCUCAGUGUGCCUCAGAUGGAGUUACUUACUCUAACAAAUGCGUUAUGGAAGUGGCCGAAUGUGAAAGUGGAAAAGCUUUGAAAAUAUUACAUCCUGGAGAAUGCACAGCAUGCGACUUCCUUCCUGACGGUGGACCGUGUGAAGCUUACAUGCCGAGGUACUUUUACAACACCACAUCCAAACAGUGCGAAGAAUUCAUUUAUGGAGGAUGUCGAGGGAACGAUAAUCGUUUUGGCAGCAUUGACGACUGCGAGAAAGAGUGCAAAGCCGAGACCCCUAGUUCAGACGAUCCCUGCCAGCUAGUCAAGUGCGACUUCCAUGGAGUUUGUCGAGCGGCUGAUAAUGGUGAUGCUGUGUGUGAAUGCAACAUGGCAUGCCCAUUCAUCGAUGAUCCUGUUUGUGGAUCGGAUGGAAAGAAUUACUCCAAUGAAUGUGUGUUGAAGUCACAAGCCUGCCUUACUAAGACUGACAUCGACGUUGUUGGUGGUCCUGCUAAGUGUGCGUCGCAUAGACUGAAAUGCAUGUCUUGUCCAGCACGCUCAAACCUCUUUGCUCGUUACUGUGGAAGUGAUUUUGUUAUCGAAGGCACAAUAGUGACGUUUGACAGCAGUGAAGACAUGGAUUCCUCAAGCGUAAUGGUGCUAGUGUCGGGUGUGUUCAAAGGAUCGGAUUCAAUACAAAACAAAAUUAUCAAGAUCAACUUUGUUGAAAACUUGAACAGUUGCGUCUGCAAAGAGCUGAAACUGAGAAAGACUGUUGUCAUCGCUGGUUCCGUGACAGAUGAAGGUGAAUAUCUCCUCGACGAAUCCAGUUAUGUGCGUCACGCAAGCGAGCACUUGCUGAAGAAAGUUCAAGAACGUACGAAACGUGACAAAUGCGGCAGGAUCAGGAAACAACCUUGAACACCGCCAUGAUACAUCUCAACAGAAACAAGGAUAGAGACUUUGAAAAAAAAAAUACAAAAAUCAACAUGGACGCGACCUUACUUAGAGAUAUGUACUAGAAACCCGAAAGACAUUUGUGGUGAAUUUUUUAAUAUUAAUUUUUGCGUGAUUCAAGAGCUAAAACUAGUUUUUUGGCCAAAGCCAAGCGAUUUUGUGACAUAGCUAGUAAAGGAAAAGGUAUGUAGAACUCUAUGAACUUAACUUUUUUAACUAACAAAUAUUAACUAAACAUCAAACGUACGAAGUAUGAAAUAUAAAUAUAUUUUUUUAGUAAACUAGUUUUUUGACUCGGAAUAUUUUUUUAGCUAGCAGCUGUGACAUUUGCAUGUAAAAUAAUAGUUCUUAAUGUGGUAAACUAAAGUAUGGAAUUAAAUAAUAAAUCUUGAAAUGCCUACAAAAUGUCAAACGUGCAUAUGACGGGAAUAAAGAAUUAAAUGUA